GCCAGUGGUGUCAGCGAGCACUCAACUUCUCUCUCUGGUGAAGUGGGUUUACUUGAACUUAAGGAAGAAAAAAUGUCUCCACUUCUGAGAAGCAUCUUCGAUAUCACUGAAGUUUUCAAUCAAUAUGCCUCACAUGAUUGUGAUGGAGCAGCACUGUGCAAGAAAGACCUGAAGGACCUCCUUGAAAGGGAAUUUGGAGCUAUUCUUCGGCGACCACAUGAUCCUGAAACGGUAGACUUGAUCCUGGAACUUCUGGACCGCGACUGUAACGGGCUGGUCGAUUUCAACGAGUACCUCCUGUUCAUUUUCAAAGUGGCUCAGGCUUGUUACUACGCGCUGGCCGAGGCCUCCGGGCUGGAGGAGGAAGCCCCGGGUGAGGGGAAAGGGGCCCCGUUACUAGACCGCAGGCAAGAAGACCAGAGGAGGUUUGACCCCCGGGACAGGGAGGAGGAAGAGGAACGCAGGCAGAAGAGGCAGGAACAAGAGAGGGAGCUCGCUGAGGAAGAGGAGCCGAGGGAGAAGCUAGAGAGGCGCGAGCAGCGGCUGCAGAGGCGGGAGCAGGAGGCGCUCCUCGAGGAGGAAGAGGAGCUGCAAGAGCGCAAGGGGCUGGCGCAGGAGGAGUUUCCCGACCGAGAAGAGCAAAGGCUAGAAAGGCGGGAGCAGCGAGAGCGCCAGCGCCUUGAGGAGAAACUGCGCGAGCUCCAGGAAGAGGAGCAGCUACCCCGGCGGGAACGGCAGGAGCUGAGAAGGAAGCGCCUGGAGGAGGAGGAGGUGGAAGAGCAGCUGCAGAGGCUUAGGCGCGGGCGCCAGGAGCCCCUGGAGCAGGAGCUGAGGCGGGAGCAGGAAGAGAGGCGCGAGCAGCAGCUGAGGCGGGAGCAGGAACCACGCCUGGAACGGAAGCUCAGGCGGGAGCAGGAGCUCAGGCGGAAGCAGGAGCAGGAGCAGGAACCGCUCUUGGAGCAGCUGAGGCGGGAGCAGGAAGAGAGGCGCGAGCAGGAACCGCGCCUGGAGAAGCUGAGGCGGGAGCAGGAGCUCAGGCGGGAGCAGGAGCAGGAGCAGGAGCCGCUCUUGGAGCAGCUGAGGCGCGAGCAGGAAGAGAGGCGAGAGCAGGAGCUCAGGCGGGAGCAGGAACCACGCUUGGAACGGAAGCUGAGGCGGGAGCAGGAAGAGAGGCGAGAGCAACUGCUCAGGCAGGAGCGGGAGCAGGAGCUGAGGCGGGAGCAGGAACCGCGCCUGGAGAAGCUGAGGCGGGAGCAGGAAGAGAGGCGCGAGCAGGAGCUGAGGCGGGAGCAGGAGCUGAGGAGAGAGCAGGAACCGCGCUUGGAGAAGCUGAGGCGGGAACGGGAGCAGGAGCUGAGGCGAGAGCAGGAACCGCGCUUGGAGAAGCUGAGGCGGGAGCAGGAAGAGAGGCGGGAGCAACUCCUGAGGCGAGAGCGGGAGCAGGAACCACGCUUGGAACAGAAGCUGAGGCGGGAGCAGGAGCCGCUCUUGGAGCAGCUGAGGCGCGAGCAGGAGGAGCGGCGAGAGCAGCAGCGGAGGCGGGAGCAGGAGCUGGCUGAGGAGGAGGAGCUGCAAGAAGAGUCCGGCGAGCUGGGCGAGAGCCGCGCCCUGCGGUGGCAGCGGCAGCUGGAAAGCGAGGCCGAAGCCCGGCAGAGCAAGGUGUACUCGCGGCCGCGCAGGCAGGGGCCGCUGAGGCGCCGCCAGGAGCAGGAGGAGGAGGCGGAGAGGCGGCUGCAGGAGCGCAAGCAGCGGCUGCGGGAGCGCGAGCAGCGGCUGCGGGAACUGCAGGAGGAGGAGCAGCGCCUGAGCCAACGGGGAUUCGAGCGGAGGCGGGAGCGGCAAUUCCUAGAGCAGGAGGAGCAGCUCCUGGAGGAAGAGCGGCGCCAGGAGGAGCUGCUCCGCGACCAAAAAUGGAGGUGGCAACUAGAGGAGGAAAGCCAGAGGCGCCGCCACACACUGUACUCCAAGCCUGCUCUGCGCCAGCAGCUGCAGCGCGAAGAGGAGCAGCUGCUGAGGGAGGAAAGAGAGGAGAAAAGACGCCUUCAGGAAGAAGACAGAAAGCUCCGUGAGGAGGAACAGCAGCUGCGCCGCCAGGAGCGCGACAGAAAGCUCCGGGAGGAAAAACAGCUCGUCCGGGAACGGGAAGAAGAGCAGCUGCGCCGCCAGGAGCUGGAGCAAGAGCUUCGCCAGGAGGAACGGCAGCUGCGCCGCCAGGAGCGCGACAGAAAGCUCCGAGCGGAGGAACAGCUCCUCCAGGACCGGGAGGAACAGCAGCUGCGCCAGGAGCGCGACAGGAAGCUCCGAGCGGAGGAACAGCUCCUCCAGGACCGGGAGGAACAGCAGCUGCGCCAGGAGCGCGACAGGAAGCUCCGAGCGGAGGAACAGCUCCUCCAGGACCGGGAGGAACAGCAGCUGCGCCGCCAGGAGCUCGAGCAAGAGCUGCGCCAGGAGCAGCAGCAGCUGCGCCGCCAGGAGCGCGACAGAAAGCUCCGAGCGGAGGAACAGCUCCUCCAGGAACCGGAGGAACAGCAGCUGCGCCGCCAAGAGCUCGAGCAAGAGCUUCGCCGGGAGGAACAGCAGCUGCGCCGCCAGGAGCGCGACAGAAAGCUCCGAGCGGAGGAACAGCUCCUCCGGGAACGGGAGGAACAGCAGCGGCGCCGCCAGGAGCUCGAACAAGAGCUGCGCCAGGAGCGCGACAGGAAGCUCCGAGCGGAGGAACAGCAGCUGCGCCGCCGGGAGGUCCAGGAGCAGCUUCGCCGGGACCGCGACAGAAAGUUCCGCGAAGAUCCACAGCUCCUCCAGGAGCGGGAAGAGCAGCUGCUGCGCCGCCAAGAAGAGCAGCAGCUGCGGGAAGAGCAGGAGCUGAGGCGCCGGCAGGAACGGGAGAGGAAGAUCCGGGAGGAAGAGCAGCUCCGCCAGCUGGAGGAGGCGCAGAGGCGCGGCCGCGGCUGGGAGGGAAAGGAUCAGGGCCGGCAGCAGCUUUUGGAGUCCGGCAAGCGUCCGUUUGCCCGUGCCCCGGUGCGCUCCAGCCCCCUCUAUGAGUACAUCCAAGAGCAGAGGUCCCAAUACCGUCCUUAAGAAAUGCUGCCGCCUCCAAAGCUUCCGCAAAGGAAAAUGGGAAACACUGGGUCCCAGAUGAUUCAAAUGUUUUUGGUUGUGGGGAAACUGUUAUGUUAGAAUGUCUUUUUUUUUUCCAAAGUCUUAAACUAGACUCAUGUCAUGGACUUUGUACUUCUUUUAGUCUUCCUCAAGUAGUUCUUUACUGCAGGCUGUCUUUGCUCUUUGGUGCAGAUGUGGUGUGCAUUUAAAAAAAAAAAACAAGUCAUUUAAUGUGUUUAAGGAGUUUUGUUUGGGGAACACGUUCAUUUGCUGCUUUCAGAAGUAACAAGAAUAAUCAGAUGGGAGAGUCAAAAGAAUCAGGUCUGUUUUUUAAAUGGUUGACCUAUCUGGUGGAGAAUUAAGAUGUUUUUAGUGUUCAAGUUGGUAUUUCUUCUUGGGCCUAAAUUACAUUUAUAUUUACCUCCACAUAACCUCUCAUCUUUUUGGCAUAAUUGGCAUAGAUUGUGAAAGGGGGCUGGAUUUUUACUGUAGGGAAACUGACUUCUACAGAAACUGACUUGCACAG